UGGCCAUCAGCAUUGGGGGCGUGUCCAUCAUUAGGACUCCCAGCCAAUGGGAAGCGAGGGGGGCGUGGCCUGGCUUCCAGAGAGUUCGGAGACGGGCGGCGGAGCAGCGCAGUGAGGACGAUGGUGAAGGAGACGGGCUACUAUGACCUGCUGGGUGUGAGACCGGGUGCCAGCCUGGAUGAGAUCAAGCGGGCGUAUCGACGCCUGGCACUGCGUUAUCAUCCUGAUAAGAACCCCAGCGAGGGGGAGAGGUUCAAGCAGAUCUCUCAGGCCUACGAGGUGCUGUCGGAUUCACACAAACGGGCUCUGUAUGACCGUGGAGGGGAGAGAGCCAUGAAGGAAGGAGGCUUGGGCAAUAGGGGCAGCCCUGGCUUUGGUUCCCCUAUGGAUAUCUUCGAUUUGUUCUUUGGAGGUGGUGUGAGGAUGCGUGGUCGGGCUGACAGACGAGGCAAGACGGUUGUUCAUCAGCUCUCCGUGUCGCUUGAGGACCUUUACAACGGCACCACUCGCAAGCUGUCCUUGCAAAAGAACAUCAUCUGUAGGAAAUGUGGAGGCUGUGGGGUGCGGGAGGGUGCACAGCGACGGUGCCCCAAGUGCCACGGUUCGGGUAUGGAGGUGAGAAUCCAUCAGCUGGGGCCCGGCGUGAUCCAGCAGAUCCAGACAGUGUGUUCCCAGUGUCAAGGCCAAGGAGAAUGGAUCAGACCCCGCGACUGCUGCCUCACCUGCAACGGCCGCAAGGUUGUGAGGGAGAAAAAAAUCCUCAGCGUUCACUUGGAUAAAGGUAUGAAGGAUGGGCAGAAAAUCACCUUCCACGAGGAGGGUGAUCAAGUGCCUGGCCUGGAACCUGGGGACAUCAUCAUUGUCCUGGAUCAGAAGGAGCAUCCCGUGUUCAGGAGGAGUGGGGAUGAUCUGAUUGUCAAGAGGGAGAUCAGCCUGGCAGAUGCUCUGUGUGGCUGCAGGCAGGUCAUCCGUACACUGGACAACAGGACCCUGCUCGUCGCCUCGCAGCCAGGUGAUGUCAUCCGACCUGGAGAUCUGAAAUGUAUCCCUAAUGAAGGGAUGCCUGUCUAUAGGAGCCCCUUCCAGAAGGGAAAACUCAUCCUCAAGUUCGAGGUGAAGUUCCCUGAGCCUGGCUGGCUGCCCACCGAACGCCUGCGUCAGCUCCAAGCCUUCUUCCCACCUCAGGAAGAGGUGAUGGCCACUGAGGACACAGAAGAGGUAGAACUCAGUGACUACACAUCCCAUGGCAAUACAGGCCGGCGGCCAUACGGCGAAGCGUACCACGAGGAUGACUUUGAAGAUGGCACCCGUCAGCACGUUCAGUGCCAGACCUCGUAGCCGAGGCCAUCGGGGGGCUCGUCCCACGCAGGGGCAGGGGGCAGCGUGGUUGGGGAAGGGGCUCAUUGAGCCAUUGACCUUCAGGGAUGUACAUAGGUCACCUUUCCCACAGCAUUCACCCUUCUUUUGGAGCCAUUCCCCUCUCCCUGCGCCUGGACAGUGCAGCCCUGGACUGAUGCUGAGGGUGGGGGGGGGGGCUUUGCUGCCUGCCUCAGUUUCCCCAUCUACAAUGUGGGGCAUACAGGAGUAUUAUGCCCA